AUGGGCUUGGAACAGAAGAUACGCUGCUUGGUGAUGGAGCAGCAGCAACGAGGCCAGGGCCUUCCAGUAAGAUUUGCAGGAAUUGUUAUCGGGAACGGCUUUACAGAUCCUCGGAUUCAGGUGCAAGUUCAUGAGCAUGUCGCUAGGGCCUUCAGCAUGCUUACUGGCCAGCAGGCAGACUAUGUAAAGGAGGAGGCCAACAGGGUGGUUCAUCUUAUUGACAGGGAAGAAUGGGAGGAGGCACAUUAUGCACGCACCGCCUUGUGUGAAUGGAUAGAGCACAAAGCGGGGAUCCCAACGCUGCUGGAUAUUCGACGACAUGCCAAAUACCAUGCCUCACAAGGUGGAGUGGACUCUGAAGCAUGGAUGCGCACUCUGUCCUGGAAAGGUACAGACAGCUUCUGGAAUGCCGAGCGCAUGGUGUGGCUUGUAUCUGGAAAAAGAGAAGGAUAUUGGAGGCAGUGGAAGAAUCUGACUCAUGUGAUCGUGACUGGUGCUGGACACCAAGUGCCUGCUGAUCAACCUGAGGCUGCAGCAGCCAUGAUUGAGACAUGGGUGGAGCAACAUAUCUCCCUGGAGAGGCCAACCUCACAGGUGCAGACUGGUGAGCCCCUGGCUGUGGAGACCUGGGGAAUUGAUGAGCCAGAUGUUCAGCCUGAGCUGACCCUGGAAGCUGCAAUGGCCUCACUGAACCAUAGUGCAGGGAAUCAAGCGCUUACUAGAACAAGACUCUAG